UACUAGUCCCUAAUUUAUUGAUGAAGAAGAUUAAGAAUUCACGCGGGAUUCUUCAAGUUGUUGCUCUGAUAAACAACUCAAAUAUCAAUCAUUUUUGUAGGUAUUGUCAUUAUUUCAAUGUGUUGUUGAGUUUUCAAAGCUGAGGUGGUUGAUCGAUACUUAUUUGUGAGUGAGGUAAAUAUGAAACUCACUGGAAAAAUACAAUAUUUGAUUGAUACCUAUCCAGUUCAAAGAAGGAAAAGCGACAUGCAACUAUGUUGAAAGUAUAAAUAUGUUUACGUUAGUUCAAGCGAAGAAAAACAUCAAUAUUUUAUGAUUCAGCUAGGUAAACAGUUAUGUGAAAAUAGGCUUUGUGUACUAAAAAAAUCAAGGCUCUAAAUUUCUAGCAUAUCUUAUCAGAUCAACAUUUAAUCUUAUGUGAAACUUCAAGAUCGACAUUUUCCCAGUUAAAUGCUGAAAAAAAUAUACAAAACAAUAUCAGAUAUGAAAACAGGUCCGCAGAUAUUUUUACCAAAACCGAUGACCACAAAGAAAAGCAACUAUUUCCAUAAUUCUGUCAAGUUCAUUAUAGUAAUCGCCCAGUAUUUUGGUUUUUUUCCAAUAUUGGGACUUUCUUCAGGGAGUUGGAGAAAUGUUAGUUUCAAAUGGUGGUCAGCAAUCAACGUUUACAGUAUGGUUAUACUUUUUGGAGCAAUCAUGCAGUCCAUCAUAAGUUUCUGUUUUUUAGUAUCAACAAGAAACUUUCAAAGAUUCAAUAAUAUUGUCUUCUACAUCAGAGGCAGCUUAACUUGUUACCUAUUCAUAAGACUUGCAAGAUCAUGGCCUGACUUGAUGAAGGAGUUUGCAAAAGUUGAAUCAGUUCUGAGGCAUUAUCCUCUAACCAGAGUUAAUAUCACGAGAAAAUUACGAAUUAUUUCUAUUUGCAUUUUUGCUGUAGCAGCAUUCGAAUACAUCUGCUCCCAAAUUGGAAACUUCUUGAAAGCACUCAACUGUGGAAAAAACAGAGAUGGUGGAGUUAUUGAAUUCUAUUUCACCACAAUCGAACAUCCUCAAGCGUUUAACAUUUUUCCAUAUUCAAUCUUUAUCGCAAUAAUAUUUCAGUUGCUAACCAUCAUCAUGACCUUCGGCUGGAAUUUCUUGGAUGCUUUUGUUAUAUUAGUGAGCAUUGCGUUUUCCUCAAAAUUGAUACAAUUCGAGGAAAAAAUCAAUUUUCUCAAAAAUCAAAGAAUCGACUCUGUCAAAAUCUGGAAACAUAUCCGAGAAGACUACAGUCUACUAUGCCAUUUGUUCAAGAAAUUCAACAGUGAAAUGAACGGAAUCAUAAUGGUUUCUUUCAUAACAAACGUCUUUUUCAUUCUGUGGCAGCUUUUCUCCAGUUUGACAAUGGUUCAAACUGGCCUUCUUCAAGCUUAUUACGUUUUAUCCUUAUUUCUCCUGAUAUCCAGGAUAUCCUUCGUAUGCAUUUCUGGAGCACAGUUCUACAACGAGUCGCUUCAUAUUAUAAGCGCACUUACAACCUCCAACUCAGCUAUUUACAAUGAAGAAAUCGAGCGUUUCAUUGUGGAGGUGGAUGCCGCGCCCUUAAUAUUGAGUGGUGGUAAUUUUUUCCACAUCACCAAAGGACUUAUACUCGAAUUGGCUGGAGCUAUAGUUACUUACGAGUUGGUCCUAAUCCAGUUUUCUAAUCAAAUGUUGGAUAAUUCUAUACAGAAUGCAUCUUUAUGUGGAUCUAUGCAAACCUGUUUACAUCGAGCCCAAUUCACGGUUUUGGUAAAUAAUGUUUGUUUUGACUGUGUAAGGGGAAUCAGUUUUCUAGGAGGGCGUGAAAACGAUACCAACAUGGUGAUAAUUUUCCAGGGCGAAGAUUUACCUGUACCGCAAAAAAAAUCGCAGAAACUUAAAACUGAUGGUAAAUUCAACAGAAGUUUCCACGAUUCUGUUAAAUAUCUCCUAUUUACAUGUCAAUUUUUCGCCUUGUUUCCUCUGAAUGGUGUCCUUGAAUCCAAUCACAAAAAUAUGUAUUUUUCUUGGUUUUCACUAAGAACGAUUAGCUGCCUCAUAGUUUCUUGUGCUGCCGUUUUGGAAGGCAUUUGGUGCAUUUACUUUUUGACACAAAAAACAGAUCGAUUUGAGAUAUAUGAAUUGAAUGUUGUCAUGUUUUACUUGAGAGGCACCCUCACUUGUUUAGCAUUCCUCAAACUAGCCAAAAACUGGCCAUCAUUGAUGGAAGAAUUCGAACUAAUUGAGGACCUACUGAAAUCUUAUCCUAAUUCCAAGUUUCUUCAUAAAAAAUUGAGGAUAAUAACGUUCGGUAUAUUCUUUGCCGCUGCAGUUGAACACUUCUCAGUUCAAUUUCUGAAUCUUCUCAAGGCUUUCAGAUGUGAAGAAACUGUUGCCGAGUCUUUUCAUCGUUUUUUCGCCUAUUUGUCUUAUCGGCAAAUAUUCAUGUAUGUUCCUUAUAAUUUCUUCUUAGGAUUGUUUUUACAGUUAUUGAACAUGAUUAUUACUUUUGGAUGGACCUUCAUAGAUGUUUUCAUUGUUUAUGCUAGUAUAAAUUUUUCUGAAAAGUUAGUGCAAUUGGACAAACAAGUUUGUUUGACUAUUGAAAAGAAGAUCGAAUGCCCUUUGGUGUGGAGGACACUGAGAGAAAAUUACACCAGAUUGCUCCACCUUUUCACGGAUUUCAAUGAAAAUUUGAACGACAUCAUACUGGUAUCGUUCACCUCCAACAUAUUUUUUCUUCUGACUCAAAUUUUUUCUUGGAUGAGGACUAUUACCAAUGGAAAUGGUGAAUUGGUGGUUCAACACACCUACUUCUUCUUCUCUAUUUCUCUUCUGACUUCAAGAACUGCCUUUGUCUGUUAUUAUGGUGCAAGCAUUCAGGAAGAAUCUAGUAAUCUGGUGAAUACUUUGGUGACCACACCGUCUAAUAUCUACAACGAAGAGGUAGAGAGGUUUAUCGUUCAAGUAAACACAUCUCCAAUGAUUUUGUCAGGAUGUAAAUAUUUCUACAUCACAAGAAGUCUGAUAUUGAAGAUUGCUGGUUCCAUUGUGACAUAUGAAUUGGUUAUGAUACAAUUCACGAGUAAUAUUUAUAAAAAUAAAGUAGCAUCCGAGUGUUGAUGCAUGGAAUUCAUUUUAACAGCCCGUUUUGUAAUGGUAUUAAAG